UUACAGAACAGUGCAAGUGAUGUUUAAUUAUUUAUCCAGAAAGGACAGGCACGAACAAAAUAAACGAGUCACAAUAAACCCUUCAAAAAGUAUAUUGAGUGUGUCGGUUAAAGGACUAUAACGAGGGAUAUUUUAUGUCUGGGAGGUUUCUGCUUUCAGCUUGCACCAACUCAGCCGGACGGCGUCUCGAAUUUCAAAGCGGAACUCAAGUUGACUUUGAGUGGUUGUUUCCGCACGAACAAAUAAUCGCGCUUUUCACAUCGUUACGUAGCGGAGAUGGCAGCCCUGCGAACGACAUUUCAUGGACGACUUCUCCAGGCCCUCCCCGUCUCCUUUGGCUCACUGCGGUUGGCCAGCUCCUUUAAGGCAGCAGAUAUUGUCAUUGAACGCAAUGCAGCAUGUAAGCAGAAGCCCGACCCCUCCACCUUGGUGUUCGGAAAACAGUUCUCCGACCACAUGUUGACCAUCAACUGGUCGGAGAAGGACGGCUGGCAGGCUCCUCAGAUCAAACCUUUCCAGAACCUGUCGCUGCACCCGGCCAGCUCCGCCCUGCACUACUCCAUAGAACUGUUUGAAGGCAUGAAGGCUUUCCGUGGAGUUGACAACCACAUCCGUCUGUUCAGACCCAUGCUGAACAUGGAGAGGAUGCACCGCAGCGCUGAGAGAAGCUGCCUUCCUUUGUUUGAUAAAGGAGAACUGCUGGAGUGCAUCAAGAAGCUGGUGGAGGUCGACCAGGAGUGGGUUCCCUUCUCCCAGGACGCUAGCCUCUACAUCAGACCCACCUUCAUUGGAAUUGAGCCCUCCCUCGGUGUGUCUCGGCCAGGAGAAGCUAUGCUCUUUGUGAUCGUUGGCCCAGUGGGACCUUACUUCGCCACGGGGUCUUUCAACCCUGUGUCUCUGCUGGCGGACCCUACAUUUGUCAGGGCCUGGCAGGGAGGCGUUGGGGCCUAUAAGAUGGGAGGUAACUACGGCCCUACCAUCGCGGUGCAGAGCGAGGCGGUGAAGCGGGGGUGCCAGCAGGUGCUGUGGCUAUACGGAGAGCAGGAGGAGAUCACAGAGGUCGGCACCAUGAACCUCUUCAUCUACUGGACCAAUGAAAACGGAGAGAAAGAGUUGUUCACCCCCCCUCUGGAUGGCAUCAUUCUCCCGGGAGUGACCAGACAGUCGCUGCUGGACCUGUCCAGAAGCUGGGGUGAGUUCAAGGUGACGGAGCGUACGAUGAGCAUGUCUGAGCUGCUGGGGGCUCUGGACUCUGGGAGGGUCCUGGAGGUGUUCGGGGCGGGGACGGCCUGCGUGGUGUCCCCCGUGGGCAGCCUCCUCUACAGGGAAACGACGUACCAGGUCCCGACUAUGCAGAACGGUCUGGCCAAGAGGUUCCACAAAGAGCUUACUGACAUUCAGUAUGGACGCAAAUCAAGUGAAUGGGCCCCAGUGGUUGUUUAAAUGGCCGUGCUGCACAUGCCAAUUAUAUCAACAGUCCCUUUUUCCCGUUUGGACCACCACCAGCCCCCCCACUCUCAACCCACUAAUGCACUCCUGCAUACCUCCCGACCGAGGAGACGGUGCCUCCCUGUCGGGCUUCGUAGACUUUUACACAUCUCUUUUCUGUGUGGAUUCUCAUAGAAAUACAGAUGAAUGUAACGGUUUGCUUUGGAUAGCAAUAUUAACAAUAUGCAAUGUUAGGACUCGACCCCACCCUAUUAUUGGGCAUAUAGGAUGAUGCAGUAGAAACUGCUUUCUAUGAAAAACAUCGGGAAAACAAAUGCAGUCAAUUUUUAUACUGUAUAUUAGACUAACUCAAGGAUAUUCUAAAUGUUAAUCUAUUCUGGUUGAUUUGUAUUCAAAAUACACUCCACACAUAUAUACUUGAACUAAUUCCCUGUGGUAAAGAGCACACACAUUUAUUUUUAUCGACAUUGCACCCUGGCAUUUAUAAAAAAAAUGUAAAAAAGGCACAAACUGACAUAUUUCAGAUAUCGAAGGUGAAAUAUUUGCAAUAUUAAAGCAGCUAAAUAUUUGCAGUGUAGUACAGUUUAACUCUUAGCAGCACGCAGUCUGUACGUGCUGUUUCUCAUUCACAAACGUCAUAAAACUUAUUUCAUAACAGGAAAACCUUAUAUUAACAAUAACCUGUACUACUUACAACAACUUGUGGUGUAUACUCCAAAACCUUUAACUGUUGCGUAUGAGUAGAACCUGUAAACGCAUCAUAAGAUAAGGGAUAAAGUUUUGUUACGGCCGUGCACAUAAUGAUACGAGAGUCACGCUGUUAGUUUUUAUGGGGCCACGUCACUUUGACACCAGAGUUUGCACUGACCUUGUUAAAUGUCAGGUUUGUAUUUUAAACCUGGUUUGACUCAGCUUUUAGGAAUAGUUUGUAUGUGUGUUGGUUUUGUUUGUGAAGAAGACUACUGCACAAAAUCUAAAGAAAGAGAUUAAAAGGUCUAACGAUAGGACGGCGAGCUGUAGAAGAGAAAGACUGUUACUCCGGCACUAGUUUGUGUGUAAUCAAAAACAAUGUAACCAAUAGUGUUGUUAUUUUAGAGGGUUUAAAUUAUAUUUUUCCUUGUCUCAUGUGAAAUUAGGCAUCCUGUCUUCCAAAGUUGGGUUUCUGCAUCCUGGAGCUUGUGUCCUUCCCUCUCUAGUUUUCCUUACUUUGAAUGUAUUUGUAUUUCUACACACAUACUGUCCCUCUCUUCUGUCUAAGUGCCUGACCUUCGUCUGGUGGAUCUUCAGCUGCUGUUUUUAUGUUUCCAGUUUGUGCACUAGGGGAUGUAGCUGGAUUCCUUGUCAGUUUAGUCGUUUCUAAAUGUGCUGUUACUUUUAAUCGGCUGUAUUGUUUUUACAAUAAACCUGAUCUGAGCUUAA